AUGGAGCUGAGGCUGGUGAACGGCAUGGUGCUGAAGGUGCAACUGGAAGAGAUGGCGGGCGGCGUGGGAGAGCGCGUGGCAGCGUUGGAGGCGAAGUUGAAGGAGCAGGGCGACGCCAUGGCUACUUUGAAGCGUGACAUGGCCGAAAUGCGAAGCGCCAUGGCCCAUCUCAAGGGGACGGCAGCGACGGGUGUUUUGGCGGAGAAGAGUGAGGGGGCGGAGGCGGGAAAAGGCCUUUUCCAAAAUGUUGCUUGGGUCGGGAGUGCGUCGGGGGAGGCAGCGGAGGGCGUUGGCGCGCAGCCGCUGAAGGGAGCACGGGGAAAUAGUUUUGCUGCGCUUGAAUUGGAGGGCGUGAAGGCGCAGUUGGAAGCGGCGACGGGCGAGGCGAGUGAGAUGCGCGGGGAGAUGGGCGCGCUGAAGGCGGAACUUGCGCGGAUGAGGGCUGCGGCGGAGCGCCAGGCGGCGGAGGUCGCGUACGUGAAGGCGACGGCGGCGCCUUCGGAGGCGCGCAUCAACGACGUCGAGCUGGCGCUCGCGGCGCUGAAGGACGGCCGCGCGGAGAAGAACCGCGACGAGCGCAAGGAGGGCACCGCGGGGGAGCACGCGGGGGCGGAGAGGCGCGAGGAAAAGAGGCGGAAGAGGGACGAGGCGGGGAAGGAGGAGGAGAUGGUGGAUGCUCCUUUGGGUGUGUGCCCUCUUAUUGCCGUUGGCGGUGCGCCCGAAGGGAAGGGAGAUGCAGCGGAAAGGGAGGGUGACGAGCAGGAUUCCUCCUCGGAGGAGGAGAAUGAUGAGGAUUGCGAGGAUGAGGUGCAGGGACUGAGGACGCGAGUGGAAGCGCUGGAGACAACAUGUGCUGGAGGAAACAAGAUAUGGGAGGCUCUGAUGGAAAUGUGGAGCAAAUUUUUCCCAGGCGAGACGAGCAUGGACCUCGGCGGUGUCUACCUCUCCGACGCUGCUCUCACACAAGUGGCCUCCUUGCGCUCUCUCACGUGGCUCAGCCUGCAUGACUCCUCCGGCUUCACUGCAGCGGGGGUGACAUGCCUCUUCUCUCUCACUGGCCUCACAUCAUACAGCCAGCAGCAGAGCUCAGGGCAGCCACGGAAAAAAUCCACAGCUGCCUGUCUCAGCCCACAGCUGCCCGAAGCAGCUGUCAAGGGAGGGAAUGCAGGGGGUUCUGCCCUUUCGGGCGGGUACUUACUACCAGGUCGGUCGGGGACUUUCGCACGGCACUCCUCACGAUGA